AUGAAGAUUCACUUUGCUGCCAUCGUUUCCACCCUUGCUACUGCCACGGCAUUUGUUCACACAUCAGCACCACCAGCAGCUGCUGGAAAGCUACCACCAUCCACCACAUCAAGAUCUUUGUUCCGUGACGGAAAGGAAGGAGAGGUCAACUUUGCCCAAGUUGCCCUCGCUUCGGUCCUUUCAGCCGCUCUCUUUUCCAGUCCCCUUCCCGCCCUAGCUGAUGGGCAAACGGAAAAGUUCAAGCUUCCGCCUAUCGACAAGUCCGACAAAAACCGUUGCUCCCUCAACAGUAGUUCUAUGGGACAAGCAAAUGCAGCACGCGACAAGCUUUACGAUCUUAGAGAAUGUCAGCUAUCUGGUUCUAGUGCCCCAGGAUACGAUCUUUCUGGUGUCAUCAUGACAAAGACUGAUGUCUCCAAGGUGAACUUCAAGGAAGCCUAUUUCAGCAAGGGAUACUUGAUGGAGUCGAACUUUGAAGGAGCCGACUUCACAAACGCAAUUGUGGACAGAGCAACAUUCAAGGGAAGUUCACUUCGCGGAGCCAUUUUCACAAACGCUGUCUUGACAGGAACCAGUUUUGAGGGCGCCGAUGUUGAGGGUGCUGAUUUCACAGAAGCUGCUAUUGGAAGUUUCGACUUGAAGAAUCUAUGCAAGAACCCCACACUCAAGGGAGAGAACCCAACCACUGGAGCCGAUACUCGGCUGUCUGUUGGAUGUGGUCCAAGCUAG